AUGUCCUUGGAAACUCAACGACGAUUGUUGUUAUCUGAAUGGCGAUUAGUUGUAGUUAGUCAAACAUCAUAUCCAAUUAUGUAUAGAAUUGAACGACCAUUAUUAUCUAGAGAAGAAUUACGAUGUUUUCCAGGGAAGUAUGCUAUAGUGAAAAUCCCAUUAGGAAAUCGAAUUAUUACCAAAUGGCAGGAACAAGUACGUCCUUUAGACGACGAUGAUGAUCAAUGGUAUGUCGUUCGUGAAUGGACGGAAGCAGAAAUCGGUCGUAACUAUAACAUAGUCGAAGCUAAUUCAGAUAGAGAAGCUACCUCAAAUCGUGUGCAAGAUCGUACUCAACUUCAUCGAAUUCUAUCCGAAGUUGGGUUGAAUCCGAGCGAUUUUGUUUUCAGUCCAUUACCAGGAGACAAUCAACCACAGGAGCAAGCAUCGAAUCAUCCAUCAGCUUUUUCUAGCUAUCCUGUACAACAGCAACAAAUAAAAAAUAACAAAUAUCUGCUACAAACUCAAUCUCAAUCGUUUUUGUCACCAGGUCGGUCAAUUGCAUCCGUACAUCAGCCACCUCCACCAUUAGCACAACCUCCUGCAAACCAACCGCCAUCACCACCAUCAUCACAACCAUUGCAAGCAUUAUCCUCACUGGUUAAUCGAGAUAUAUCUAAUACACAAAAUACAAAUUCACAAUUACAACAAGAUAUGAGUCAACAUAUUCUUUCACCACGACGAACACCUCCAGAGCCACCUCAUAGUUUUGUCUCACAUCACAAUGAGUCGAACUUAUCGGCUGAACAUUAUUUACGUGAAAUCAAUUGUGCCGAUAAUCCACCUGUUAAAGUAGUUAAACCAAGUACACAAAAUGUUGUCUAUCGAAAAGAAAUUCGUAUUCGUUAUUUACAACCACCAACACCACCACCACCGGCACCAAUCAUCAUCCGUGAAAAACACGUACCACCUAUUCCACCUCAAUCCCCACUUCUUAUUCGCGAACGAAAACCUGAAGCACGUACACCACCACCAUUAACUAUUCGUGAACGUCCACCAACACCACCAGCACCACUUGAACCGUAUGUGAUUGAUAAAAAUCUACCACCUCCUCCACCUCAACCACGUCAAAUUAUUAUUGAACGUUUACCAACACCACCACCAAAACCACGUACAGUUAUAUUCGAAAAAUGGUUACCAUAUAAAAAAGUUAAGCGCCCUGUUCUAUUACAAAAAGCACCGCCACCAGAGCCUCCUAAAGUGACACGUAAUGUUAUUAUCGAAUACGAACCAUUAAAAGCUUUUACAGUUCGACGUGUUAUCGAAGAAGGUGUAUUCCGUGUUGAUCCACAUCAAUAUGCAAGUUAUAAUGCACAAACACACACGGGCGGUGAUGUACGUGUUGUUGAACGUAUUGAAGAUUUACCGCCACCAAGUGAAAAAUUAGCUCAUGUUUUAAAUGAAUAUAAUUAUAGUAGUGCAUCGCCAGCACAUUGUUAUAGUCAUGAAUCUCAUCAACAUCUAUCUGAACAUAUUCCAUCAUCGGUUCAACAUUUAUUAAGCGGUGCGCAAACAUCAUCGAGCACGGAUUAUUUAACAAAUGUAUCACGUGCAUCAAAUACACCAGCCGUUAGACAAGAACGAGUUCUAUCAACAGGUUACAGUUCAUCAGUUCCAAGUCCAACGAUUGUACCAUUUCAAUGUUCGAAUUCGAAAAUAUCUCCUCGUUCAUUAAGACAAUAUACACCCAAUGACAGUCCAAUGCGAUCUCAUAUUAGUGACAUUUAUUAA